AUGUCUUUCUUCUUUUCUCUCUUCCUUGUGUCCUUUCUCUUCUCCUCUCCAUGUCUUUCUACUACAACAACGCCAUUUUUUUCCUCUAAAGUUAUUAAUCCCACGAAUUAUCAUAAAAUUCAAGGUUAUACAUGGCAAGAAUUUAAAAAGUUUGUGGAUGCUAGUAAAGGCAACAAAAUCAAUGGGAUUUCUGAGCUCAAGAAGUAUUUCCAUCGAUUCGGGUAUUUGAAGAUGGAUAGCAUGAUUUUUACAGAUUUAUUUGAUGAUCACUUAGAGCAUGCUUUGAUUAAAUAUCAAGAAAAGUUGGGCCUUUCAGUCACUGGAAAACUUGAUGAAUAUACAGUUUCUCAUAUUAUUUCACCUAGAUGUGGUGUAUCCGAUUCUGCCCUUAAGUUAUUUAAGCAUGUAAAGAGAAAAUACUCAUUUUUCACAGGCAAGCCAAGAUGGUCUAGAAGUAUACCAAUAACGUUAACUUAUGCAUUCUCUACGGAGAAUGUAAUAAAUUCAUUGAGCAUGUCCGAGAUAAAGGAUGCUUUUCAACGUGCGUUCAACCAUUGGGCAUCGGUAAUACCGGUUACAUUCUUGGAAAGCAACGAUUAUGGAUGUGCAGAUAUUAAGAUAGGAUUUUACAAAGGUGAUCAUGGAGAUGGAGAGCCAUUUGAUGGGGUUCUAGGGAUUUUAGCUCAUGCAUUUUCACCAGAAACUGGUAGGUUCCACCUUGACGCGGCGGAGACAUGGGCAGUGGACUUUGAAAGAGAGAAAUCGGAUGUGGCUAUUGAUUUGGAAUCAGUAGCUACACAUGAGAUUGGACAUUUGUUAGGAUUGGCACACACUUCAGUUCAAGAAGCAGUGAUGUUCCCUAGCUUAAAACCAAGAGAAAAGAAAGUGGAUUUGAAAAUGGAUGAUAUUAAGGGAAUACAAGCUCUUUAUGGUUCAAACCCUAAUUUUAGUUAUAAAGCUCUUUCAGAAUCGGAUACUUCAACAAACAAUGGAGCUACUUUGAAGAAGCGACAAUUAACAUGCUAUAGUUUUAUUUUGGUCUUAAUCGUGUGGAUGUCAAUGUAAAUAUAAACUAUGUAGUUUCUAUACAAAAUUCUUUUGGUCAUGGUCAUGUAAGCAAUUGACUUUUGACCAUUUUUUCCUUAGUUUGGAGUCCAUAAUAUGGACGGUCUUAAAGGAAUUUGCAUUAGAGAAAUCAUAGCAUCUAGAAAGUACCAUAAUUGCUUGUUAUUUAAGUCGAAAUUAUUGUUC